AUGGGCGGCAUAGGUCCCGAUCUUUAUCUCAGUAUGUUGAAUGGGACUAAUACGCAAACCUUCGGAAAAGACACCGAUAUCAACAAUCACCUUCAACGCAGCAAGGAUUUAGCGGAGUUCAAAAUGGGAAUUCAGGACACCAGGUUAUAUUACCAAGACGCAAUUCAAAACGGACAAGACGGGUUGGUACUGCCAUACCACACAGACCAAACUGUGGCAGGUUUCGGAGCACAACCCGGGAGGUUUUACUCACCAACUCCCCUCAAUAGCUGCCACUUCAGCAGUGUCAGGUCGCCAACUAGAAACGGGAUGGGACAGACUUAUUUACCGACGGGAGGCGAAGGUUUCUCGACAACUAGCAAAGAAGUUUACCCUGCCUCUCCAGAGAGUUAUUCCGCACCCUUUCAACACGGGUACCCUCGCACUCCACUCUACCCAUUACCUGGGCUACAGGUGUGCGGGAAGACGCAGGCUCUCCUCAACAACUAUCCUCUGUGGGCGAAGUUCCACAAAUACCAAACGGAAAUGAUCAUAACGAAACAGGGACGGAGGAUGUUCCCCUUCCUGAGUUUCAACAUCAGCGUUCUGGACCCGUCAGCCCACUACAAUGUGUAUGUGGACGUGGUCCUGGCUGACCAGCACCACUGGAGGUACCAGGGAGGCAAGUGGGUCCAGUGUGGCAAAGCAGAGGGCAACAUGCCAGGGAACAGGAUGUAUAUGCACCCAGACUCUCCCAACACAGGGGCUCACUGGAUGAGGCAGGAGGUGUCGUUUGGCAAGCUCAAGCUCACCAACAACAAGGGCAGCUCCAACAACAUUGCACAGAUGAUCGUGCUGCAGUCACUCCAUAAGUACCAGCCGCGACUGCACAUCAUUGAAGUGAAAGACGAUGGUUCUGAGGACCCCUUCCUCACCACCAAGGCCCAGACCUUCAUCUUUCCGGAGAACCAAUUCAUCGCUGUCACAGCCUAUCAAAAUGCAGACAUCACUCAGCUGAAAAUAGACCAUAACCCCUUUGCUAAAGGUUUCCGGGACAGUUAUGACACGCUGUAUGCACCGCCUGACACGGACCGCCUCACCCCAUCCCCCAGCGAGGGCCAGCAGUUUUUGGCGGGGACCUGCUACACACAGGGGUACCUGACGGACCAGUACAUGAACCCGCUGCCCCAGAACCGAUUCUACAGCCGGGAGCACAUGGCUGCCAUGGGCCAGCAGUCCAAAGACCCCUCAGCCAGCCCCCACAGCCGCUGGUACCUUUCCCCCCAGCAGAGUGUCGCCUCCAACCGGCUGGACUUCAACACCUACGAGAGCGACUUCGCUAGCAACAGCUUCUACAAGCCCUUUCCCCUGCAGACGUCUGCCCACCAUGCGCUGGGCUACUACGGGGACAGCCCCUUCGCCUCUGCCAGCGUAUCCGUCUCGGGAGCCUCCUCAGCGGCCUGGAGCACCAGCCGGCCCUCCCCUCAGUACCUCAACCACCCCCACCCCAGUAAAGCCGGCCCCAGUCUAGGCUGGUUCAGACCCGUGUCCUCUACCAACUCCUCCUCUUCAGGUCAUGCCAGGCUCCACCCCCCAUCCCUGCUAGAUCCGCUCCGCCCCCCACUACAGGACAAGCCCAAGGAGGCGGGGGGAGAGGACCCCUGGCUGGAACCCCCCUCGGUCAAAUCAGUGGACUCGGCCGACUCCGGCCUGUUCGAGAGCGGGGUGGAGAGCAAGAAACCGCGAGUGUCGCCCUACGCCUCUAGCACGGAGAACUCGCCACCCACCCGCAGUGCGGAGGUCUGUGAAAAGGACAGCAGUAGUGACGCUGGCUACUACGGCUUUUAUACCCACUGAGCCCCCCACCCACCACGUAAAUACCCUC